CUAGUUGCGAACAGCCAAGGAACGAAGAAGACCAAACUGACUCUCAUGUGAUUGAUAUCUCAACUACUUUAAUUCUUCUGAAAAAUCUCAAAACUCGCUAUGCAGUCCGAAUACGAUGUUAAUACACUGUACCAAGAAGCGAAGACUCGUUGGUUGAAACCGCCUGAAGUAUACUUCAUAUUACAGAAUGAUGAACGUUAUAAGUUAACAUAUAAACCACCUCAUAAGCCUUCAAGUGGAUCUUUGUUAUUUUACAAUAAAAGGGUUCUUAAAUUCUUCCGUAAAGAUGGUCAUCAAUGGAAGAAAAAGAAGGAUGGUAGAGCUAUUUCUGAAGCUCACGAACGACUUAAAGUGGGUAACGUGGAGGCUUUGCAAUGUUACUAUGCACAUGGAGAGCAUGAGCCUUAUUUUCAGAGGCGUAUCUACUGGAUACUAGAUCCGGAAUACGAACAUAUUGCUCUUGUUCAUUACAGGGAUGUGAGUGAUGGAAAGGAGGUAAAACAAACUGGUGGAACCGGUCUGCAAUUUUCACCGAGUCCUUCAACUCUCCUUUCAAGUCCAAACUCCAUUGGGACUCAGAAAGCAAGCUACAGUAACUCCAUUGGCAAUGUAGAGAUUAACUCUGACGUUUUCUGUAAUAGUAACGGAGUUGAGACUGAGACACCGAAAGGCAGUGGAACUUCUUAUGAGUUUGAAGCUAGGGAGGCUUUUAAGAGGCUUGAGAAACAACUUAGUCUUGGUGAUGAUGUUGUUGUAGAUCCACUCUACGUUCAAAUCGGAAGUUUGGAUAGUCUCCAGUUUCUAGACACGGAUCACCUUGCUCAACCAGCAACUGUAUAUCAGAGACCAGAGAAUAGCAGCAACAUUGGUGGUAGUGGAGGGAGUGGCGAACAAAAGGCUGGAUCUUGGAAAGAUGUUCUGGAGGCAUGUGAGGCUUCUACAGCUCUCAACUCUGAGGGAAGUACACCAAGUUCAGCGAAAGGAUUGCUCACUGGAAUGCAGGGAGAUUCUAACUGGAGUUACAGCAACCAGGCUGACCAAUCUACAUUGUUGCUGCCUCAAGAACUUGGCUCUUGUUUUGAACUUCCUACUUGUUAUCCAGAGCUGGGAGCUCUGGAAAAUAACGCCGAAAACAGUAGAAUGAAUGAUGGUGGAGGGAGAAUUGAGCUGCCUUUCGAGCAAGUAAUGAACCAGACAGUUGCAUAUAAGCAAAAUUUUACUAUCCAGGACAUAUCACCAGAGUGGGGUUACGCGAAUGAAACAACAAAGGUGAUAAUCAUUGGAUCAUUUCUCCGUGAUCCAAAAGAAUCUACAUGGUCUUGCAUGUUUGGGAGUACUGAAGUUCCUCUCGAGAUCAUUAAGGAAGGCGUUAUACGGUGCCAAGCACCUCCAUGUAGCCCUGGAAAAGUCAAUUUAUGCAUUACUUCUGGAGAUGGACUCUCGUGUAGCCAAAUAAUUGAAUUUGAGUAUCGUGAUAAGCCUGACACAUCUGUCACCAGGUGCAGUCGAGAUGAGCUUUUGUUACUUGUAAGACUUGUGCAAACACUUCUAUCAGACGUUAAAAGUAACCUAGAGCCAGGCGGUGAUAAGUUGGUGAAGAAACUAAAAGCUGAUGAAGAUCAAUGGAGCCAUAUCUUAGAAACGAUUUUAGAUGGCACUGCAACAUCAUCAGAUACAGUUGAUUGGCUUCUACAAGAACUGCUUAAAGACAAGCUGGAUGCAUGGCUGUCUUCAAGACCACCCCAAGAUGAAGAUCAAACAUCUUGUUCUUUGUCAAAGCAAGAACAAGGCAUUAUUCAUAUGGUUGCAGGCCUUGGCUUCGAGUGGGCACUCCAACCAAUUCUUGCUCGUGGAGUCAGUGUGGAUUUUCGUGAUAUUAACGGAUGGAGUGCUCUUCAUUGGGCUGCACGUUUCGGGAGUGAAAAAAUGGUGGCUGCACUUAUAUUUUCGAAGGCAUCAGCUGGAGCAGUGACUGAUCCCACUGCGCAAGACCCAGCUGGUAAAACAGCAGCUUCAAUAGCUGCCUCUAAUGGCCACAAGGGUCUUGCAGGUUAUCUAUCAGAGGUGGCUUUAACCAACCAUCUCUCGUCUCUCACACUUAAAGAAACUGAAAAAUCUAAAGAGACUGCUCAGUUAAAAGCAGAGGAGACUUUGAAGUCAAUUUCAGAACAAAGUCCAGAUUCACUGAAAGACACGCUGGCCGCAGUGAGAAACGCAGCUCAAGCAGCUGCGAGAAUCCAAGCAGCAUUUCGUGCACAUUCGUUUAGAAAGAGACAGCAGAGAGAAGCAGCUGCUGCUUACUAUCAAGAGUAUGGGAUCUAUGCAGAUAUUAAAGGCAUCUCGGCAAUGUCUAAGUUAGCGUUUGGAAAUGCAAAGAACUACCAUAAGGCAGCUUUACUUAUUCAGAAGAAUUACCGUCGCUAUAAACGUCGAAAAGAGUUUGUCAUACUUCGUCAGAAAGCUGUGAAGAUACAGGCUCAUGUUCGAGGAUACCAAAUAAGGAAGCAUUACAAGGUUAUCUGCUGGGCGGUAAGAGUUUUAGAUAAGGUUGUACUGAGGUGGAGAAGAAAAGGAGCUGGGUUAAGAGGGUUCAGGCAAGACGUAGAAGACAUUGAAGAGGAAGAUAUUCUGAAGGUGUUUCGUAAGCAGAAAGUAGAAGUUGCAGUGAACGAGGCUUUCUCACGUGUUCUGUCGAUGGCUAACUCUCCAGAGGCUCGCCAGCAAUACCACCGUGUGCUUAAAAGAUACUGUCAGACAAAGGCUGAGCUUGGGAAAACGGAGACAUUAGGAGAAGGUGGUGAUUGGGAUGAGGAACUGUUGGACUUGGCUGAUAUGGAAGAUGACAGUUUGUUCACUAUAGAGGGUUUUAGUAGUGUGUAGUAAGUACAGUAGAUCUAUCAAGUUUCAAGAGUGAGUAGUUCUGUAGAGUUGCAAAGAAGUAGAAAACAAGGAAGAAGAUGUUCUUCUUUGUUUGAUCAAAAAAAAAGAUGUUCUUCUUUUACUUGUCCGUAGUGAAGUGACUAGCGUCUGUAAAUGAUCUCUUAUGUGGCUUACUUAUUU